UUUUGUUUUGAUUGACAUUCGAUGUAGUAACUUUGUGGCAAUAAGAUGCAGAUACUCGGUUUGUUUAUUCUCGUAGCAUUAAUUUGCUAUGCAAAUGCUGUUGAUGAUCAUGAAGACAAUCUGGAGUCACCGUAUAUACUUCAAUCUGAAAGUCUUCCAGAUGAUAUCAAUUUUAUGCCAACCCUAGGCAAUGGCUAUCUAGGUUUUACUUUAUUUGGAGAUUCAAUAUUUGUCAAUGGACUAUACAACGGAAAAGGAGGUCUCAGCCAUCGUGCCCGGAUACAAAAUUUUGGAAAUAUUUCAGUCUUUCCGGUGGAAAAUGGAAAACCCUUUACAAAAGAAUCCUACAAAUUAGAUCUGUACAAUGGCAUCUUCGAGCGGAAACAAUCAAAUUCGGAAAUUGAAACAACUAUCCGAACCUAUCCUCAUCGGUUUUACAAUCGAGCUAUAAUUAAUGAAAUCUUCGUGCAGCGGAUGAACAAUACUUCAGAAAAUUUGCAAUCAUCAAAACUACGCAUUGAUAUGCAACCUGGCCCUCCUUCUGAAGACUUCAACCAAUUGGGUCGAACAUCUGAUAUGGUGUUUUGUCUGCAAACGAAAGAAGUUGAAAAUGCUGAUUUUCAAAUCUCCAAACGACAUGUAUGUGUGGCAAUGAACAAUUUGCCAGAAUAUGUUGAACUAUCAUCAAACGAAACCAGCUUGUAUUUGCGGAUUGUUGUAACAAUUGGAGAAACAUCAAUGCUUGCUGAAAGGGAACUUAAUAAUAUUUUGAAUAGUUCAAGGGAAAACCUCCUACAAUCCCAUUCUAAACAAUGGAAUGAUUUUUGGAAACAAUUUCACAUUGAUUUGGAUGGUAAUUUAGAACUUUCACGAACAAUAAAUGCUGGAAUUUUCUAUAUUGCCAGCUCGCUGCCGUCGCAUGAAUUCAAUCAUAUCUCAGGUCCAUAUUUCGGACUAAGUCCAACAGGUUUGGGAAGAGGAAAUCUUGAAGAUGAUUAUCUUGGACACAAUUUCUGGGAUACAGAAAUUUGGAUGCUUCCUGCUGUAACUCAAUUUUCACCCAAAUGGACAAGAGAUCUCCUGGAUUACAGGUUUCGUAUGCUGGGAACUGCAUUUGAUCAUGCUAAUAACACAGGCUAUGAUGGAGCUCGAUUUCCCUGGGAAAGUGCAUUCACUGGAGCAGAAGUAACAAAUCCAUGUUGUCCUGAAGUGGCUUUGAAUGAAUUUCAUAUUACUGCGGAUAUUGCUUUUGCUGUGCGACAUUAUUUAAUUGUCACAAAUGACACACAAUGGUUCGAAAUAAAGGGGUGUCUACUCUCGCAUUACAUCGCUCAAUUUUGGAUAAGUCGUGUCAGUUGGAAUGAACAAACCAAUCAAUACGAUAUAAGGGAUGUAAUGGGUCCAGACGAGGAUCAUGAAAAUGUGACUAACAACGCCUUUACUAAUGUUGUUGUACAACAUGCUCUGAGAUUCAUUGACGAAAUAAAAACUAUUUGUGGAACAUAUCCAUCAUUUGUUGCAAAAUGUCUUAAUAUUGCUAACAAGUUAAGGAUCCCUUACGACAGUGAAUUAGACUAUCAUCCUCAAUAUGACGGAUACACUCCAAAUAUAGGAAUUAAACAAGCUGAUGCUGUUCUUUUAUCAUAUCCAAUGUUAUAUCCUAUGAAUAUAUCAACUUUAUCAAAUAAUUUAAGGAUUUAUGAAAACGUCACAAGACCAACAGGACCAGCAAUGACAUGGUCAAUGCAUGCAAUUGGCCAUUUGGAUGAAAGUGAUCACGUCAAGGCUAAGGAACUCUUUGAAAAAGGUUAUAAGAACUAUGUUCGGGAACCAUUUAAGGUUUGGAGUGAAGUUAUAAAAGAAGAGAAAGGCGCAGCAAAUUUUAUCACUGGCAUUGGUGGACUCUUGCAAGCUGUUAUUAAUGGAUAUGGAGGCAUUCGAUUUCAUAUCGAUCGAAUGGAAAUUAAAAAACCAGUUGUUCUACCAGGAACAAAGAGUUCAAUAAUUUCAGGAAUCAAAUACCAGGGAUCAAUUUUUUCAAUAAAACUAUCCAGCAAACCUACUUUGAUAGUUGAUUCUCUCAAGCCAGGCCAUAAACUGAGUUUGAUUGAUGAGCAAGGAAGAGUUGUUUCAAUGUCUGAAGGAAUUGAAUAUUUAUUAGAAACAAACGUCUAUGUAAGAGCUGAAAAAGUUAUAUCAUGAUUGUAUGACUUAUUUAAAGUCAAGUUAUUAAAAUUACAUGUUUAAUAAUAAUUACAAUUAGGUAAUUAAAUAUUUAAUAGUUUACUGUACUUGAUUUAAAUGUAUAAUUUAUAGUUUGUCCAUGAAAUUUAAGAGUAUUAUAAAUACAUAAUAUAGCUCUGCCGAUAAAUCAAAAUUAAAACUCGGUUGCGAAAAAUGGAAAAAUUGUUUCUUUCAGAAAAAGUGGAAUACAAAAAUCGUUUGUCAUGUCUUGUUUUCAAUUGUUUCUCUUAAUUGAUUCAAUAAUCCGUUCAAAAAAUUCGUUCGAAUUUGUAAACCGAAAUGAAAAUUGGAUCGGUUGUUCUGACUUUUGUAGGUGAGUUUGUUUUUCGAAACACCUAUGAAUUCGCAAAAUUUGUUCGAAUACGAAAUUUGGAGCAGCUAAAAUUUGAAAACGGGAGAAAAUAGAAUUCGAACGGAAAUCAGAGUGUAUGUAACAAAAUUUUUUAAAU